AUGGACUCCUCAAUCGCUGCUACGCUUCUGCUGAAGUUGCUCCUCGGGAGCGUCUUGCCUACGGCCUCGGCUGACCGCAAUGGCAUCUCAGCAAGAGACAUCUACGAGGAGAUGGAACACAUCUUGGUAGACAACAAAGGCACCAACUCAGACGGCCUUGUCAACGCCAUCACGCCCUGCAGCAACUACAUCAACGGGGAUGACACCGAUGGGGAGCAGAGCUCGGCGCAGUGGGUGCGGAUUGCUUUCCACGACAUUGCUACCGCAGAUGUCGCCGCUGGAACCGGGGGUCUCGAUGCUUCGGUUGGAUUCGAGUCUAAUCGUCCUGAAAAUCCCGGUCUCUUCAUCAACCAGACUAUUGGGUUUUUCAAUCCAGACGUUUCCGCAUACGUCAGUAUGGCUGAUAUGCUGGCGUUGGGCGUGGUUGCAUCAGUCGCCACGUGUGGCGGAACCACCACCGACAUCCCGCUCCGGACGGGGAGAGUCGAUGCUAGUGCUGCCGGUCCGUCAGGCGUUCCGGAGCCUGGCACUGACAUCGACACUACUCUCUCAUCAUUCGCUGCGGCGGGCUUUGACCAGAGCGAGGCAAUCGCGUUGACGGCAUGUGGUCAUUCCCUUGGCCGAACCCACUACACGAACUUCCCUGACAUCGUUGACGAGAGCUACGUUACCACCGACAACACCGACGGUGGCCAAGAAUUCGACAGUACACCAGCUGUCUUUGACUCUGCAGUAGUCACGGAAUAUCUCGACCAAACAGGAGAGAAGGGUGGGCCAUUAGUCACUACCACGAACGAGACUCAGAGGUCGGACUUCCGUCUGUACAAUUCUGACCAGAACGCGACUAUUGAAAGCCUCGCAGCAUCAGAGGACUCUUUCCAGACACAGUGCAACACUCUUUUUGCAAAGAUGAUCGACACAGUCCCUUCUGAUGUCGUACUCUCGGACCCCAUCACGCCGAUGCCCUGGAAGGCCACCGAUAUCGGGCUGGACAUCAGCUCUUCCGGCUCUGUAUCUGUAGCUGGUUUGAUCAGAAAUUUGUAUGGCGCCUCGGAGUCCGCAGCAAGUAGCGUCAGCUAUACUUACACCGCAAACGGCACGAAUUCUUCCGCCGUGGAGACGACAGGAUCAGCCGGUUCCGGAUCAUCUCUCUACGGCACCACAGCCUGGUAUAAUUUCAACACGACCAUCGAAUCACCGGGUACCACCGCGUUGAAUAUCAACAGCGCCAUCUCCUACCCCAUCAACGUCGACAUAUUCGUGCUGCCCGCCAAGUCAAGUACGAACACGCGGUCUGGCACCGUCACCCUCUAUGCUGCUGCCCUAUCCAACAUCGCGACUGAUAGUGAUACCAUGACGGCCACCUUCUACGUCGCCACAUCCCAAACAGGAUCGCGUGCCAACACAGUCACCACGAAAACGGUCACUCUGACCGAGAGCGGCGCCGCUGGAGCUUACACGCUUUACACAGCGUCUGCGACUGGACUGUCUUCCAUUGGAGACGUCAUAGUCAAGGUUUCGAUGGGAGAUUACGCAUCUCAGACGGUGAAGACGUCGAUCUUUGGGUAA